AAUGAAUAGCUAACAGAGAGCUAAAAUCUAUGUGCUAUAAGGUUAAUGGGAGGAAUUUUGUAUAGGGUAUGUUUACAUUGUGCAUACAGAUGGGGUGAAUCCUUCUUUUAUUAGAUGCAUUUUGGAAACAUAAAUAAAAUAAUUUAGCAAUUUAGUAUAAUAUGUUCAUUUGAAUACAAAUAAGGAAGAAUGGUGUCUCAAUUUAAAGGUGUAGCCAGAAACUAUAUAUGAAUUUUAGGGAGAAAAUAUAAUUUAAUGGUAGGAAAGUGAAAUCAAUUUAGAUAUAGCAAUUAGUUUUAUUGAUUCUAGGUAUGCAUCAGAAUUUUGGAAUUAAUUAUAAAAUAGUAGAAGACAUUUCCGUUUUGAUGAUGUUGAAUCGACAUAUCCAAUUAUACCAUCCCAUUAAAAUUUAGAAGCCAUUUUAUCAUAGAUAAGUGACAGUCCAGAAUUAAUUAUUUAGAAAAUAACUAAUGAUUCUACAAAUUAAUUUAUGGAAGCAAUCAAGAGAAUUUUUGAAGAUGCAGAAACAUAAUCUAAUUAUCAUGUACUUGAACAAUUACAUUAUGUGAUCAGAAGUCUAAGUAUAUAAAUUAUUGAAUAUUGUAUAGUCUAUAUUAAAAAUGAAAAUGUAAUGAAAUGUUUAUUAAAUGAUAAAUAUUAUGAGACAUUAUUUGGCAUUAUGGAAUGUAAUUUAAUUAAUUAUUCUUAAGAUCAUUCUGAAAAUAAAGGACCUUAAAGAGUAUCUUAUAGACAAUUCUUAAAAAAUUAAUUGAAGUUUCAUAGAAUAACUGAGUUUGAAGAUUCAAUAAUAGAGAAGAUUCAUUUUAAUUAUAGAUUGUCAUAUUUGAAAGAAAGCGUUAUGGCUUAUUAUCUUUAUAUUGAAGAUCCACUUUAUAAUGAGUUCAAUUUUUAUAUCCAUGAAAAUAAUUAGAAAAUAUUGGAAACCUUAUUAAUCUAUCAUAAAAAUCAAUUCGAAAACUUUUUAGAGAAAUUCAUGGAUGAUUUUGAAGUGAAGUGUAAAUUUAUUAAUGAAUUUUUCUUAUAAUUCAAAGCAUUUUUAACUAUUAAAUCAUUGAAUGAUGCUUUUGUUGAUUGUAUAACACAAUCUAAUUUACUUAAAAUUUUGUAUUAAAAUUCUUUACUAAAAGUUAAAUAAAUAUUAUCAUCACCAGUUUGUUUUACAACCUUACAAGUAACAAUUAUGAUAGCAAAUUCUAAUUCAAUAUAUUUAUAGGAUUUCUUGAAAAAUAAUCAUGAUUUAUUUUGGUAAUGUAUGGAAGCACUAUUAUUUUGUUAAGUAAAUGGUCUAAACAGCAUAAUACUUGAUAUUGUUCAAAUGAUUUGUUCAAAUUCUACAAUAUAAAGUCAAUGCAUAGAAUGGCUAAGUAGAUGUUUAUAAUAACCAUUGAAUUUUUCAGCUGCUCUUGUAUUAUAAGAACUUGUAUAAUGGAUUUGUUAAUAAUAAAAGUCAAUAUCACAAGAUCUUAUUGUUCUAUCAAAUUACAUUUUAAAUAUAUUAAAUCAAUAAUCAAGGGAGUAGAGAAAGGAUAAGUUUUUAUUGAUGUCUGCAUUGAAACAUUUCAAGUAUAUUAGUACUACAGGUAUAUCAGAAAUUUUAAAACCUUUUUGUAACUCUUUAGUGUUAUUGGCUGUUAGUAAAAGAAUAGAUGGAAUUUUGGAAGGCUAAAUAAGAGACAUAUUGAAAUGCAUUAAACUUAAAAAUAGUUUAAGUUAGCAUUUAGUAAUAUAUAACAUAAAUAUUAUAUAGAUUUUGAUUGUUAAGACUUUAAAUUUAUCUGAUCAUCCUUUUUUCAUUCGUCUAAUGGAUCAAUGUUAAAUUGAUUAGAUUAUGGUGAUGGAUGAUUAAAGAUAUUAUGAAUUGGAAGAUUCAAAUGAAAAUUAACAAGGAAUUUUGGAAAAGGAUGAUAUUGGAUUGGAUUUCAGUAGGAUAGUAAGGAAAAAGAAUGAGGAGGAUGAAGAAGAUGAUGAGACACAUGUGAGAGAUUAAAAACCAAGGGGGAUAAUUUUUGGUGAUAAUUGCUUUAAAAGAAUAAAACCUGAUGAUGAUUGAU